AUGGACCAGAUGGAGAUGAGCACAGGGACGCAGAGACACAGGGACGCAGAGACACAGGGACGCAGAGACACAGGGACGCAGAGACACAGGGACGCAGAGACACAGGGACACAGGGACGCAGAGACACAGGGACGCAGAGACACAGGGACGCAGAAACACAGGGACGCAGAGACACAGGGACGCAGAGACGCAGGGACGCAGAGACACAGAGACGCAGAGACACAGGGACGCAGAGACGCAGAGACACAGGGACGCAGAGACACAGGGACGCAGAGACACAGGGAUGCAGAGACACAGGGACGCAGAGACACAGGGACGCAGAGACACAGGGACGCAGAGACGCAGAGACACAGGGACGCAGAGACACAGGGACGCAGAGACACAGGGAUGCAGAGACACAGGGACGCAGGGACGCAGAGACACAGGGACGCAGAGACACAGGGACGCAGAGACACAGGGACGCAGAGACGCAGAGACACAGGGACGCAGAGACACAGGGACGCAGAGACACAGGGACACAGAGACACAGGGACGCAGAGACACAGGGACACAGGGACGCAGAGACACAGGGACGCAGAGACACAGGGACGCAGAGACACAGGGACGCAGAGACACAGAGACACAGGGACGCAGAGACACAGGGACGCAGAGACACAGGGACGCAGAGACACAGGGACACAGGGACGCAGAGACACAGGGACGCAGAGACACAGGGACGCAGAGACACAGGGACGCAGAGACACAGGGACGCAGAGACGCAGAGACGCAGGGACGCAGAGACACAGGGACGCAGAGACACAGGGACGCAGAGACACAGGGACGCAGAGACACAGGGACGCAGAGACACAGGGACGCAGAGACACAGGGACGCAGAGACACAGGGACGCAGAGACGCAGGGACGCAGAGACGCAGAGACGCAGGACGCAGAGACCAGCAGAGACACAGGGACGCAGAGACACAGGGACGCAGAGACACAGGGACGCAGAGACGCAGAGACGCAGGGACGCAGAGACGCAGAGACGCAGGGACGCAGAGACACAGGGACGCAGAGACACAGGGACGCAGAGACACAGGGACGCAGAGACACAGGGACGCAGAGACACAGGGACGCAGAGACCCAGGGACGCAGAGACCCAGGGACGCAGAGACGCAGAGACGCAGGGACGCAGAGACGCAGGGACGCAGAGACACAGGGACGCAGAGACACAGGGACGCAGAGACACAGGGACGCAGAGACACAGGGACGCAGAGACACAGGGACGCAGAGACACAGGGACGCAGAGACACAGGGACGCAGAGACGCAGGGACGCAGAGACGCAGAGACACAGGGACGCAGAGACACAGGGACGCAGAGACGCAGGGACGCAGAGACGCAGGGACGCAGAGACGCAGGGACGCAGAGACGCAGGGACGCAGAGACGCAGGGACGCAGAGACGCAGGGACGCAGAGACGCAGGGACGCAGAGACACAGGGACGCAGAGACACAGGGACGCAGAGACACAGGGACGCAGAGACACGGACGCAGAGACCCAGGGACGCAGAGACGCAGGGACGCAGAGACGCAGGGACGCAGAGACGCAGAGACGCAGGGACGCAGAGACACAGGGACGCAGAGACACAGGGACGCAGAGACACAGGGACGCAGAGACACAGGGACGCAGAGACCCAGGGACGCAGAGACGCAGGGACGCAGAGACGCAGAGACACAGGGACGCAGAGACACAGGGACGCAGAGACACAGGGACACAGAGACACAGGGACGCAGAGACACAGAGACACAGGGACGCAGAGACACAGACGACACAGACCGAGACACAGGGACCAGAGACACAGGGACGCAGAGACACAGGGACGCAGAGACACAGGGACGCAGAGACACAGGGACGCAGAGACACAGGACGCAGAGACACAGAGACACAGGGACGCAGAGACACAGGGACGCAGAGACACAGGGACGCAGAGACGCAGAGACACAGGGACGCAGAGACACAGGGACGCAGAGACACAGGGACGCAGAGACACAGGGACGCAGAGACACAGGGACGCAGAGACGCAGAGACGCAGGGACGCAGAGACACAGGGACGCAGAGACACAGGGACGCAGAGACACAGGGACGCAGAGACACAGGGACGCAGAGACACAGGGACGCAGAGACACAGGGACGCAGAGACGCAGGGACGCAGAGACGCAGAGACGCAGGGACGCAGAGACCAGGGACGCAGAGACACAGGGACGCAGAGACACAGGGACGCAGAGACACAGGGACGCAGAGACGCAGAGACGCAGGGACGCAGAGACGCAGAGACGCAGGGACGCAGAGACACAGGGACGCAGAGACACAGGGACGCAGAGACACAGGGACGCAGAGACACAGGGACGCAGAGACACAGGGACGCAGAGACCCAGGGACGCAGAGACCCAGGGACGCAGAGACGCAGAGACGCAGGGACGCAGAGACGCAGGGACGCAGAGACACAGGGACGCAGAGACACAGGGACGCAGAGACACAGGGACGCAGAGACACAGGGACGCAGAGACACAGGGACGCAGAGACACAGGGACGCAGAGACACAGGGACGCAGAGACGCAGGGACGCAGAGACGCAGAGACACAGGGACGCAGAGACACAGGGACGCAGAGACGCAGGGACGCAGAGACGCAGGACGCAGGACGCAGGACGCAGAGACGCAGGGACGCAGAGACGCAGGGACGCAGAGACGCAGGGACGCAGAGACGCAGGGCAGACGCAGAGACGCAGGGACGCAGAGACACAGGGACGCAGAGACACAGGGACGCAGAGACACAGGGACGCAGAGACACAGGGACGCAGAGACCCAGGGACGCAGAGACGCAGGGACGCAGAGACGCAGGGACGCAGAGACGCAGAGACGCAGGGACGCAGAGACACAGGGACGCAGAGACACAGGGACGCAGAGACACAGGGACGCAGAGACACAGGGACGCAGAGACCCAGGGACGCAGAGACGCAGGGACGCAGAGACGCAGAGACACAGGGACGCAGAGACACAGGGACGCAGAGACACAGAGACACAGAGACACAGAGACACAGAGACACAGAGACUCAGAGACGCAGAGACACAGAGACACAGAGACACAGAGACACAGAGACACAGAGACACAGAGACACAGAGACACAGAGACACAGAGACACAGAGACACAGAGACACAGAGACACAGAGACACAGGGACGCAGAGACACAGGGACGCAGAGACACAGGGACGCAGAGACGCAGGGACGCAGAGACGCAGGGACGCAGAGACGCAGGGACGCAGAGACGCAGGACGCAGAGACGCAGGGACGCAGAGACGCAGGGACGCAGAGACACAGGGACGCAGAGACACAGGGACGCAGAGACACAGGGACGCAGAGACACAGGGACGCAGAGACACAGGGACGCAGAGACCCAGGGACGCAGAGACGCAGGGACGCAGAGACGCAGAGACACAGAGACACAGAGACGCAGAGACGCAGAGACACAGAGACACAGAGACACAGAGACUCAGAGACACAGAGACACAGAGACACAGAGACACAGAGACUCAGAGACGCAGAGACGCAGAGACGCAGAGACUCAGAGACACAGAGACACAGAGACUCAGAGACUCAGAGACUCAGAGACACAGAGACACAGAGACACAGAGACUCAGAGACGCAGAGACACAGAGACACAGAGACACAGAGACUCAGAGACACAGAGACACAGAGACACAGAGACACAGAGACACAGAGACGCAGAGACACAGGGACGCAGAGACACAGAGACACAGGGACGCAGAGACACAGGGACGCAGAGACACAGGGACGCAGAGACACAGGGACGCAGAGACACAGGGACGCAGAGACACAGAGACACAGGGACGCAGAGACACAGGGACGCAGAGACACAGGGACGCAGAGACACAGAGACACAGGGACGCAGAGACACAGGGACGGACAGAGGUCGACCAAAGGGGAACAGGAAGCUAAACUAAAACAAAACCACAAUAGAGCUAAUUUAUCAGUUCAGAAAAGCCCUGGAUCUGAUAUUUUCGCGGGUGACGGUUGUUCUUUAAUCUCCUUUGUCAUCAUGAACUUUGCUAUUCUUUCAAAUCCAUUGGUUUUAUAG